GGUCAUUCCCAUGCCGAUAAUCGAACAGGACGCAUGUCUUGUGUUGACGUUUGCUUAACGUUUAGAUAUCACAUAAGUCAUUGUGCGAACAAAGUGGGAAACAAUGGAAUCGUCUUUCUUCUUAAUAUUGUUCUUUGCCGGGACAGCACUCACAGAUAUGCGCAAUAACUGUAACUUGGCCGGGUUUUACGCCGAGCUGGGCUGCUCGGCGAUGUCUGAUACCAACAGUACAGAUUGCCCGGAUGCCUACACCUGUCCUAAAUUACAUCCAGACCCUAGCGUAUGUUAUUAUAGAGGUGUCCCAUAUAAAGACCGUUCGAUGAUCCCACAGUCAGCUAUAAAGAACCCUUGUUCACUCGCCUGUCAGUGCACCGUGUCUGGGAAGCCGAGUUUCGAUUGCGCGGCUGUCGACUGUGUUGAGACUUUCGAUGCUGACAUGCAACAAGAAUGUAUCAAGACGUAUGAAUUAGAAUCGUGUUGCAGUACGGGAACCGUUUGCGGCAAAGACGCAGUGGCUGCACUAAAGACGUGCGAAGUAGACGGGAAGACAUACAGGGAAGGGGAAUCUUUCGAACCAAAGGACAGUCGUAAGACAUGCAUCUGUACAGCGCAGUGGAACGGUACAAUUGAAGACUCGUCGUACUGUCGCGAUAUUAAUUGCGGAAUUGAAAUACACUACCAAGAUAAACUAUUUCAGAACUGCGCGCCAAUCUUCCUAGGAAGCGAUUCUGUUUGUCCUAUCGCGUUUACAUGUCCUACAAACUCAUCAAAGGUCGUUCGCGGAUUGAACUUGCGGGCGGUGAGUUCGGAAUGCGUGUUCGGGAAUACAACUCUGUCGGUCGGUGACGAGGUAACUGUGGACGAGGAGUGUACUAAAUGUACCUGCAGUGUACCACCUUUCGUGUCGUGUACUAGGAAGAUUUCCUGUACUGAUUAGAUGCAAAGUACAAAGAACUUUAUAUUGUACUUGAUUUUGAUAUGUUAGAUUUCUUAGCCCUAUAUAAGGACUAAUGGAACUUAGAAAAUGUACGAUUUUUUCUUACUUAGAUAUAGAACAUGCUGCUUUAUGUCUUAAUAUUUUGAAGUUUUUGAAAUAAAAAAAAUAUUUUUAUUUAUAAAAAAUGCAUUAUGCUAAAUGCCAAUAAAUUGAAAUUUGAUAACUUGAUGUUUAUGAAACAAAAAAAUCAUUAUAAAGAAGCUAAGAGUGAUCUCGAAUGUAUAAAAAAAAAACGAUUCAUUGAAAUAUUUUAUUUCACUUGUAUUAUAAGUACUUAAUUAUCUACUGAACAUAUUAUAUUAGUAAUAAAUUUAAAACUAGUUUUUAUUUACUAAUAAGGAUAAAAUAUUAAAAAUAGAUUAGGGAUUACUUACAAUUAUGUACAAAGCGUAUACAGCCUUAAGAGGACUUUUGUAAAUAACUUAAACCCUACAUUUUGUGACGACUUAGUUUUACACUUAAGUACUUAAGAUAAAAAAAUAAAUGCAAUAUAAAAAUAAAGUAUAUCUUUAAUGCUAACGAUUAUAUACGAACUUACGAUUUAUAAACUUUCUUACUUAGGAACAAUAAAAUAUUUGGCAGUAAUUCCUUAAUUAAUUUUAACCUAAAUAUAAAACUAAUUUUAAAAGUACAAAAUUAUGAGCAAAAUGAAUUAAAUCAUUUGUUAAUUUUAUAUUCAAUUAUUUUUGGAAAAUAUUGAGCGCUGUCCGCUUGAGCACUGAGGAAAUAUCAUGUAACGUUACGAAUAUGUUCUCGAAAUUGUCACACAAAAAUUCUACGAGAUAUAUUUUGAUGUUAUGAAAAUGUUCGCAAUAAGCCCUCUGUUUCUUUUUCUGACAGAAUUUUGGCGCAAAAACAACCGUCAUGCUGUCAAUAUUGCCCAUUAAAAUAAAGAUUAAAAUC